AUGAUGAAAGCAUGGGUUAUUGAAUCAUAUGAAAAUGGAUUUUCAGGAUUAAAACAAAAAGAAAUUUCAAUUCUAGAAUUGGUUACCAAAAGAAAAUCAAGUUUUAUUAAAAAUAUCAUCAAUUUCAUUAAAUUACUCUAUAAUUCAAUAAUUUUAUUAGGAGAAUAUGAACCAAGAUAUAAAUUGGAUUAA